UUCGAGGGCGAGCCCCCGGUGGGGGCGGCGGGGCGGCUGCUGCGGGCGCUGGGGGACCCCCUGACGGAGCAGCGCUACCCCCACCCCCUGCGCUCCUUCGAGGUCCCCGUGCGGCCCCCCCCCGUCACCGCCAUCGACGUCCUCGGGGGGGGCGCCCGGGCCCUGGAGGAGGCGGAUCGAGAGCUGGGGCUGGCCUUCGACCCCUGGGACGUGCAGUACUACACCCGGCUCUUCCGCGCCGCCGGCCGCAACCCCACCACCGUGGAGUGCUUCGACCUGGCCCAGUCCAACAGCGAGCACAGCCGCCACUGGUUCUUCCGGGGCCGCCUGGUGGUGGACGGCCGCGAGGUGCCGCAGUCGCUGCUGCAGAGCCUGAUGGGGACGCAGAGCUCCAGCAACCCCAACAAUGUCAUCAAGUUCUGCGACAACAGCAGCGCCAUCCGGGGUGUGCCGGUGACGGCGCUGUGGCCGCAGGACCCGGCCCGGCCGAGCCCCUUCGAGAAGAGGACGACCACCCGGCACGUCAUCUUCACCGCCGAGACGCACAACUUCCCCACCGCCGUCGCCCCCUUCAGCGGGGCCACCACGGGCACCGGGGGCCGCAUCCGGGACGUGCAGUGCACCGGGCGCGGGGCCCACGUCAUCGCCGGCACCGCCGGGUACAGCUUCGGCAACCUGCUGCUGCCUGACUACCCCUGCCCUGGGAGGACGGGACCCCCAAAUCACCCCGGGACCCCCCAACCCCCCCCAGACCCCCCAAAAUCCUUCUUAGG